AUGAACGGCCUCCCUCCUCCUCGCAUCGACAUUCUCGUCCACUCUCCCUCUCCCUCAGUCUAUCGUCCAGUCCUCGAACAGCUGCUCGAGCCUUCUCCUCCGCUCUCUACCCUCCUCACUCCGCAACUCCACGAACGCAUCUCCUCCCUUCCCGGCUCUUCCAAGCCCAAAUCGUACUCUGAUUUGCUCGCCCUCGCGGCGCAAAUCGUGGACGAGUGGGAUGUCGAGGACCAGGCGGCGUUCUUGGCUGCCCACCCGAGGAUUGGAGAGACGAAGAACUUGAGCAAGGCGAGUGAGGGCGAGCAGGCGCCGCAGGCGGGUCAGCAGGCUACGCCGGCGCAGGUGCUUAAGCGAUUGCAGGUGCUCAACUCGCUUUACGAGGACGCUUUCCCUGGCCUGCGCUUCAUCACCUUCGUCAACGGUCGCUCCCGCGCGGAAAUUGUACCCGAACUCGAGUCCCUCCUCUCCCUCUCGCUCCCGCCUCCCACCGCCUCCGAAGCCGAACCGCGCCUCUCAGAUGUGCGCAAGCAGCUGCGCAUCUCGCCUGCCGGCUCGAAGCCGUGGAGGGACGAGCUGAAGCGCGGACUGCGCGACAUGUGGUUGAUUGCGAAGAGCAGGGCGGAGAAGAUGGGUGUCAAAUGA